CCGGGAUCUCUCACCCGCGAAGUUAGAGCCAAUUAGGAUUCUUACAGUGAAAGGGUCAGUCAGUCAAAGACUCGAUUACUUCAACUUGCGAUCAAAAACGGUGCCGUUCUAUUCACCACCGCCAUCGACACCAAUCCGCCGGAAGCUAGGGCUUCGUAAUCACUCCGAAUUUCCAAUUCCUUAUCUUCAUCAUGAACUGCGAAGUUUGCCAACUCAAAGAAUUGGAAGUCGAGCACUUUGAGAUACGUGAAGUUCUGCGCUGCAUACUUCACACAAUUGUGUUCAAUCGAGCUUUAGGUCUCGUGCGGCCGAAAGAUGUUGAUUUGGAACUUUUUGAAAUAACAUAUGUGCAAUGUGGAGAUCUGGAACUUGAAAAGAAAAUAGAUGAAAAGAUUGAGCAAUUCAUUAGUUGGGUAGAGAAACACCCGAACAAGAAAAGUCAGGUCUGCUUGUCUUUCUUUGAAGUAAAAAACAAACAGCCAUCUUGGUUCACUAACAAAACAGAGCGGCUGUAUUGGGAACAGUGGUAUAUCAAUUUGAAUGUGGCCCAAAACCCAAAAGCACAUUCUACCAAAUCUCAUCACUCCAAAGUUGUAGUUGAUCCAGGAGAAAGUGCAUCAGAGGAGAGGGUUGCUCGCAGAGCUGCACUUGAAGCAACUCUUCAUGAAGUUUUGUUUCAAAUAGUGAAAUUUGUGAAUGAGAAGAAAGAUCACGUUCCCCCCAUACCGAAUCUUGAGGGUGUAGUCUCUUUCCCGUAUGAAAUAACUAUCCCAAGGAAGUUUCUCUGAAGCUCAUGAUUAGACUGCUGAGUUAAUAUUGUGAUGCCAUUGGUCAGUUCCUCGGACUCCGCAUUUGGGAUGGACAUGAUCAAGAGGAUGCUGCAGACUGGCCAUCCAACCAUGCUUAGCUGAUUAUCUGAGUUUGUGUGCUAUGGCAUUUCUCUGAUCUGCUUCUGAAGGUGAAUAAAUUCUUAUGUUCAUAAUGACUCGGAAGGUGCAUGCGUGUCCUAAGUUGGUAACCUUCUGCAAAGACUAGCAGUCAAUGCAAGGUUUGUUUCUCUGUAAAGAAGUGGUUCCAAGUGAUUCCUUUGUCUGUAACUAUGUAAAUAUAUUUCCUUCAUACCAUACUUUCUAGUUAUCUUUAUUGUUUCUGGCACAUCCCUUGUCUUGUAUAUACCGGAUCUGGCACAAGUUUAAUCAAUCAGGAAAAUGAAUGUUGAUACUUUGUUUGA